CAACACCCCGGGCGUUCGGCUCUUGGACUAUAGGUCUUUACUAUCUGUUGCGCGCCAAGCGCGGCAGAGGCGACGCGCGCCACACCACCGCCGCCCGCCCUACUCGUGAACACUCGCCGUAAACAAAUCAGUACGCGACCGGCGCGGAAGAAAACCAUACGGUCUCCAGUGCAUGCAUUGUGAAUAGUUUUGAGUGACAGUUAACAAUAUAGUACGCCGGCGGAGGUAAAUGGACCCACGGCCACGGAUUGUAGUACUGUCGUAGCGCCGUAGACAAACUUGCCCACCGAGCAAUGCAUCCAGACAUCGCAUAACUUAGAUUGUAACGUAAGCAAUAAUAUAAAGUAGAAAUGGCGGAGCGAGCUGUAAACUACUUCUUCCGAAAAUACAACACCAAUAUAGUUGGCGUGGAGACACGGUGAGGGGGCAUGGAGGGCGCGGACGGUCGUGAUGAGUUGCUGGAGUGGGAGACGCUGUAUAUGCGCCUGCCGGUGCACAACUUCACAUGGAACGCGACGGAGUGGAAUCCCAGCGUCUGGAACUCCACCGUGGUGCCGAAUUCCACUUGGGAGGGAGCGUCCGCGCCCUUCGAUUCGCCUGCCGCGCUGGUUCGCGCUGCUGCCAAGGCCGUCGUUCUGGGCCUGCUUAUUCUCGCUACUGUAGUUGGUAAUGUAUUCGUGAUAGCAGCAAUAUUGUUGGAGAGACAUUUGCGUAGCGCAGCAAACCAGCUGAUCCUAUCCUUGGCGGUGGCCGAUCUGCUGGUGGCAUGCCUGGUGAUGCCGCUGGGAGCCGUGUACGAGGUCGCGCAGCGCUGGACGCUGGGACCUGAACUCUGUGACAUGUGGACCUCGGGAGAUGUUUUGUGCUGUACUGCCUCCAUUCUUCAUCUCGUUGCUAUUGCACUUGAUAGAUACCGGGCUGUGACUAAUAUUGACUAUAUACAUGCGCGAACGGCGCGACGAGUGGGUUACAUGAUUGCUUGUGUAUGGAUCGUAAGUUUCUUAGUGUGCAUCGCCCCACUGCUGGGGUGGAAAGACCCCGAUUGGAAUCGACGUGUCUCCGAAGAUUUGCGCUGUGUCGUGAGUCAAGAUGUCGGAUACCAAAUAUUUGCAACAGCUUCAUCGUUUUACGUACCAGUAUUAGUAAUAUUAAUACUUUACUGGCGAAUAUAUCAAACUGCCAGAAAGAGAAUACGCCGGCGCAGGGGAGCCACGGCUCGCGGUGGAGUGGGCCCGCCGCCCGUGCCCUCUGGUGGAGCGCUGGUCGCAGCCGGUGGUAGCGGUGGGAUCGCGGCAGCCGUAGUCGCCGUUAUCGGUCGACCCCUGCCCACGAUAUCUGAAACGACAACAACGGGUUUCACAAACGUGUCAUCGAAUAACACAAGUCCUGAAAAGCAAUCUUGCGCCAAUGGUCUAGAGGCCGACCCCCCAACUACUGGUUACGGUGCAGUGGCGGCCGCUUAUUAUCCCACACUGGUACGGCGCAAGCCGAAAGAGGCCGCUGACUCUAAAAGAGAAAGGAAAGCGGCAAAAACAUUGGCAAUAAUUACCGGUGCGUUUGUAGCGUGCUGGCUUCCGUUUUUUGUGCUGGCCAUCCUGGUGCCGACGUGCGACUGCGAAGUGAGUCCGGUACUGACGUCGCUGUCGCUGUGGCUGGGCUACUUCAACUCUGCACUGAAUCCCGUCAUCUACACGGUGUUUAGUCCAGAGUUCCGGCACGCAUUCCAGCGACUGCUGUGUGGUCGCCGUACGCGCCGCCGUCGGGCGCCCCCGUAGCCUCCCUUCCUUCCCAACCAUCACCCCUACCUGACUGACCUCGUUUAGCUCGAUACAUUAUGUUACCUUGUUACAAUUUUCAGAGAUAUAUUUACACCCCUUUAUUUUUUGUACGUAAUGAAUGUGAAUACGAGUAACUGUCUAGUAAAUAAAUUCUCAUAAACAAUU